CUCUCUCUCUCUCUCCCAUUGUAUAUAUAUACCAUUCCAACCCUGUACUCUCUCUCCAUAUCAAAACCCCACAUGGAAACUCAAACCCUUCUCCUCCUCUUCGCCACUGCAACGUCAGCCUACCUCAUCUGGUUCUGGUACCUGACCCGAACCCUAACCGGUCCAAAGGUCUGGCCCAUACUCGGCAACCUCCCCGGUCUAUUCGCCAACCGCUCUAGCAUUCAUGACUGGAUCGCCUCCAACCUCAGAAAAACCGGCACCGCCCUCACCUACCAGACCACCACCCUCGCUUUCCCCUUCUUGGCUCGUAAAAUCGGCCUCGUGACUGUCACGUGCAACCCCAAGAACAUCGAGCACGUGCUUCGUACCCGCUUCGACAACUAUCCCAAAGGCCCUUCCUGGCAAGCCGCUUUCCACGACCUCCUCGGCCAUGGUAUCUUCAACAGCGACGGCGAGACGUGGGUCACCCAACGGAAGACAGCCGCCCUCGAGUUCACCACCCGGACUCUCCGCCAGGCCAUGGGCCGAUGGGUGCACCGCUCCAUUAAGCUCCGCCUCUGGCGCAUUCUAGCAAAAGCCGCUGACAGUAAUGCCGACGUCGACUUGCAAGACCUCCUCCUCCGCCUGACGUUUGAUAACAUCUGCGGCCUCACUUUUGGGAAAGACCCAGAGACUCUCUCUCCCGAACUGCCUGAAAACCCGUUCGCGUCUGCCUUCGACUCAGCUACUGAGUCAACUCUCCAACGCCUUCUCUAUCCCAGACUCUUCUGGAGGCCGAAGCAGACUCUCAAUCUCGGCUCCGAAGGAACCUUGAAGAAAAGUCUCGAGACCGUCAAUAGCUACAUGAUGGAUACUAUCACGGCAAGGAGGCUAUCUCCUUCUGACGACCUUCUCUCUCGCUUCUUGAAGAAACGAGACGCGAACGGAGAUUUCUACACCAGCUCCUUCCUCCGUCAGAUCGCACUCAACUUCCUCCUUGCCGGCCGCGAUACUUCAUCCGUCGCGAUGAGCUGGUUCUUCUACCUGGUUAUGAAAAACCCACGUGUGGAAUCGAAAAUCCUGGCCGAGAUAUCGACGGUCUUGAGAGAGACACGUGGUAACGAUCCAGCGAAGUGGGUCGAAGAGCCACUCGACUUCGAUGAGCUGGAAAGGCUCGUUUACUUAAAAGCUGCACUGGCCGAGACGUUACGUCUAUACCCGUCCGUGCCGGAGGAUUUUAAGUACGCCAUUUCGGACGAUACUCUCCCCGAUGGGACGUUCGUACCGGCCGGUUCGUCCGUUACGUACUCGAUAUACUCUGUUGGGAGGAUGGAAUCGAUAUGGGGAGAUGACUGCUUGGAGUUUCGGCCGGAACGGUGGAUAUCGGGUGACCGGUUCGAUAACGACAAGGACAGUUACAAGUUUGUAGCGUUCAACGCCGGGCCCAGAAUCUGUUUAGGCAAGGAUCUUGCAUAUCUCCAGAUGAAGUCCGUUACCUCGGCCGUACUUCUCAGGUACCGGCUGGAGCCGGUACCCGGUCACCUAGUGGAGCAGAAGAUGUCCUUGACACUGUUUAUGAAGAACGGGCUGCGUGUGUACGUCCAUCCCAGGAAUCUCGCUUCCGGUCUGGAAUAGCUUUUCGUUUUACCUCUGUCGCGACAUAUUUUCUAGCAUCUUUAUUUUAUCUUUUCUGUUCAGAUCAUGGACGGUAAAGCAUGGAUUCCAUUACAUAGACGGUUCAGAUCAUUGAAUCACUACGCAAUGGGAGGAGAUAUACGCUGGAUUCUUAGUCGCGACAGAGGUAGAAGUGGUUGUUUCGUGAUUAUAGCAAGCAAUUAGUUACAACUGCUGUAUGUACGUUUGUCGUUUUCCUCA